CUUUGAAUUCUUUGCUUCUUAGAUCAAUGGCUAGGGUUUACCCUCAAACAUCUUCCUCUUCUCCUUCUCCUUACAUAAGCUUAAAGCCUGAAUCUUUCACAAUCUGGAUGAAAUCUUUGGUUUUCAACACUCAUGGAUGCACCGUCUACGAUUCAAAAGGCGAUAUCGUUUAUAGAGUCGAUAACUACGACAAUAAAUGUGGCCAAGAGGUUUACUUGAUGGAUAUUCGAGGCAAAGUUCUCUUUUCCAUACAACAAAAGACUAAGUUUCGAUUAUUUGGAUGUUGUGAUGGAUACAAAUGGGAUGAUUGCAGUUCGGAAAAAGAACUGUGGUUUCGUGUAAGGAAGCAUCGAAGCGUUUGUGUGAAUUCAUGUGAUCAUAAAGCAAGAGGGUGUGCAUACAGGAUUGUUAGAAUGGAUGGGAAAUCGGAGUUCAAGAUUGUAGAUGAAGAUCAAGAAGGUGCAGUGAUCGCGGAAAUUAAACAAAAGCAAACGACAACGGGGAUUAACUUUGGAAACGAUGUAUUCACAUUAACGGUGCAACCGAACAUCGACCAUUCGUUAAUCAUGGCAAUCGUCAUGGUGUAUGGCUUGAUAAAUAAUCAGAUUUGAAUAAACACAAAAAAGAUUUCGUUCAAAACCAGAUAUAGAGGGUAGUAUGUAGGACAUGAGUGCACAAAUGUACAUAAUCAAAGAAAUUUUCUC